AUGUCCGACCGCGAGUUUAGCUCAAAUGACGAUCUAUCGCUACCCAAAGCGACCGUCCAAAAAAUCAUCACCGAAAUCCUCCCCCCUUCCUCCGGCCAGACCUUCACCAAAGAUGCGCGCGACCUGCUUAUGGAGUGCUGCGUCGAGUUCAUCACUCUCAUCUCCUCCGAGGCCAACGACAUUAGCGAGAAGGAAGCCAAGAAGACGAUUGCCUGCGAGCACGUGGAGAGGGCGCUGACGGAUCUCGGGUUUGGCGACUAUGUGCAGGACGUGCUGGCGUGUGCGGAGGAGCAUAAGGAGGCGUUGAAGACGCGAGAGAAAAAGGCCAGCAAAAUGGAACAGAGUGGGUUGACACCGGAAGAACUCCUGCGCCAGCAACAAGAGCUAUUUGCUUCCGCCGGGCAGAAAUUCAAUGCAGGAUCUGAAUGA